ACUAUUUCAAAAUGAUAUAUUUCAACCAAUAGAAAUGAAAAAUAUUUACAGUUUAUAUCAAUGUUUACCACGUACAAGUAUGUUGCAUACUUCGUUAUCAACUAAAUUGCACGUUUACAUUAAACAAAUAUAAGACGAAUGUCAAGGUUCUUUAAACACUUGACUUAUAAUAAAUGUGUAAAAAUAUACGAACUACCAAAUGGAUAUACUAAUCAAAUUUGCAACAAUACUCGACAGUGCAACGAUUAAUUUCAUGGAUCGUGAUUACGGUAUGGUAAAGAUAUUUCCCAGGUGUUAAAAGAUGUGUGACACAAGAGUGAAUGUGUCGUUAUUUGCGUUAUCAAUCCAGUUUUUGAUUGUGAUCGGCGGAAAAUUACCAUGGCCGGACUUCGAGAGCGGAUGGUUACCAAUUAAAAAUGGCCUUGAACAUGUUGCCAGGCUCAAUAUUGACCAUGGUCUAGGCGAAAUACCAGUUCUUGUAGACGUCUCUGUGAAAAUAAAAGAACAUAUAUUCCCGGCGUCAGGUUUCCGACCUGACCACCCAAAGGAGCGUUCUGGACCAGUGGUAUAUAUUUAUGAUGCCAUGUAUGUAAAUGUGUCGACAACUCCUGUAGAAGAUCCACUAUAUAGACUUAUUCCGAGAAUAAACAGGCACUAUGAAGGCGACAAAUUAAUAAUGAUAAUGGGAAAUGCGCAUGUGCGCGUACGAGCUUGGAAACAAUCGUCAUUUCCGGUGGUAGACUUCCACCAAUCAGGAAUACAGAUGAAAGCUAAUACUUCAAAAGUUUCAGAUUCUUACGCUGAAGUGAGUCAUAAUCUUGGUGAAAUGCCAUGUCUUGUUAUAGUUCGUAUCAAAAUGCAUCAUGGGAACAACUUGAUAAUGGCUGACGGCGUUGGAUCAAGCAUGCAGGUAUACGCGGAUGUAUCUGACAGAACAAACGCCUACCUUGUAUAUGGUUAUAGUAACAACACGGUGAGAAUGUGGGUAGACUCGUCAAACCUUGGUGCAAUAUUCGAUGGCCGGAAGCACACUUGGUUUGAUAUGGUCAUAUAUGUCGGAGAGGCGGAGAUUUUUGCCUGGAAAUGUUCUACCAUUACACCGUUUUACGACGCACGUGUUAGUACAGAAAAAACGAGGGGCGAGCUCCCCUCAUGGUGGGACGUAGAUGUUGACUAUGACUUAGAACCAUCACUCAUUCGUGUGUCUGUGCUUGCAGAGAAACCGGAAGGAGCAAAUGUAGGUUUUCGAUAUCCGGCCGGAAUGUAUCUUGGGUAUCCAGAACCAACUGCAACCGGAAAUACUGCAAGCCCCAUAUCCGUCGGAGGCCUGUCUUACAUGUUAACCUACGAUUAUAGAUACAAAUUGAAUUUCUGGCAACCAAAGUUUUCCGAGAAUUUUUCUUCGAUAUUUAUCGCAGAAUCAUUUGGCAAUGGAAAGAAUACAGAAGUGUCUCAUAGUGAAUCCGUUUAUAUAUUAGGUUGGGUAUUUGAAGAAAAUAUUGGUUGUUCAGCGCCUGUCAUUCCAAAUGGAUUUGCCAACACGUCAUAUAACGGGACAUCAACGGGAUCGCACGCGAUAGUACGAUGUAACGAGGGUUACGUUAUAAAACAGAAGAAGAAAUUUUACAAUUAUGACUAUGAGCGGUAUAGUAUAACUUGUCAUAAGUUUGGAUACUGGGAGAAUAUUCCAAGCUGUUUACCAAAAGGUAUUUCUUCAGGCUAUUUGAACAUAAUCAAAUGUGUUGUUUUUUCUUUUGGCGUAACUUAUUUGAAAUCGAUGUUGACCUACUUACAGCUUUAGAAAUAUGAAGAAAAAAUGAUGGAAGUGAAGAUGAUAUACGAACGAUUAUUGCGAGAUAGUAUGUGUAUGGUGGAUGAUUUGUUACACUCUUGCGCGCCGCAUUAUCGCUGGCGACAACACUGCAAAGUGCCAAACGGAACGUUAUCGCUUUGUCAUUUUGUCGUCCUGUCGCUAGAGAAACACGCUAAAUGGCGCGUUGUCUCGCGGGAAAAUGGAAGAACUUACUUAGGGGCGCUUUGAUGCUGGCGACAACGUGACAUGCGACACAGGAUAAGAAGCCAACCCUUCGAUAAAAGCCAAGCGGCAGAGCGACAUGUCGACAAUGCGCCGCAGUUUGGCGCGUGUCGCAGCGACAAGAGGAAAAGGCAAUGGUGAUAUUUGUUGUGUUGUCGCAUGCAACAACGCAAUGCACAAAAGGGUAACAAAUCAACCACAACAUAAGAGAGUGCAGAAUUAACAUUUCUACCCUAUAAAAUCAAACCUGUGGACAAAUUUUACCCAUGGACGAGAAUAAAAAAAUGACCUUUAUAGAUAAGAGGUCUUAAUUUAGAGGUGACUGUAUUGCAUUCUAACAAUGAAUGGAAAUAAAAAAGUGGCCUUUAUUUUCAGUGUUAUCUUUAUACAGAGGUGGUUUUUGGCACAAAGUUGACUGUAUGUUUUUUUCAAUUGAGAAACAUGCAAAGUACUUUUAAGAUAUUUCUUCUUGCUUUUGUUUGUCCAGUAAACAAAGAAAUAAAUAUAUAUUUGUAAACUUAUGAUUAGUAAGAACAAAGUGCCUAUUAUACAAUUAAGAACUAAAUGUCUGUAACGUUGUACAAGUAUGCGCUUCAGAUUCUACAACAAGAUUGCUAAUAAUGUUAACGUUCUGAUCAAGGCGUAUUUUCAUGACAUUCUUCCCGGAAGUAAAAAAACUAUACUGCACGCGGCUCAUAUUAAG